AUGCGGCCAGGUGCAGUGCAUCAGCAGCCGGACGAGGAGGAGGACGGUGAGGAGGAGGAGGAGGAUGGCGAGGAAGGGGAGGAACGGGAAGAGGGGGAGGGUAACAGUGAGCAGUACAGCAGGACGAGAAGCAAGGGGCCGGAGGGCGAGGAAAUCUGCAGAGUGCUGGGCGGAGGGGUUGUGCUGGGUUCGCUGGUGCUCGUGUCUGGCAGCCCAGGUGCUGGGAAGAGCACUCUCCUGCUUCAGUUGGCAGGGCUGCUGGCGGAGGAGGCAAGAGGCUCGCUAACAGGAGGCUCCCCGCUGGCUGUGCUUUAUGUGUCGGGGGAAGAGGUAGGUAGGUGGGGGGAGGUGGAUUUAGGGAGGGGGCUGGCCAAUUUGCAUGCUGCCGCGGACAGGAAGCUCCCCGCCGGCUGUGCACUAUGUGUCAGGGGAGGAGGUGCGUUGGGGGAGGUGGGUUUGGAGAGGUGGGUUGGGAGAGGUGGCUGGCCGUUCUGUCUGCUGCUGCAAACCGGAGGAUCACCACCCGCUGUGCUCUAUGUGUCAGGGGAGGAGGUCGGCUGGGGGGAGGAGCCACCCUCCCUUCCCCCACUCCAACUUCCCUUCCCCCUCUCUCCCUCCUCUCCCCCCUCUCUGCAGCGCGAGGAGCAGCUGGCCACACGGGCCAAGCGCCUGGGCAUAACUGCAGACAACCUCUUCCUGCUCUCCGAGAACAACCUCGAGUGGACCACUCCACUCGCUGCGUAUCACUGCUGCCAACCUCCUCCUGCUCUCCCAGAACAACCUCGAGGUACGAGCGAUAACCAACCAACUUAA